AUGCAUACCUUGCACCUCGCAACGAAACAGCCGUUCGGCGUGCACUGUGUUGCAGUGUCGCCUAGGGGGCGCCGACGGCAGCAGCAGCAGCAGCAGCAGCAAUAUCCCCAAAAACGCACUGCAGGCGUGCCUCUCGCGUUUGGCGGCGGCUGGGAAGUCACCCUGGGAUCGUUGCUUUCUACACUACUCGCCCUGGGGCUGGUGCUCUGGGCAGAACGAAGAUCUUGCUCGGCUUGUCAGGGCACAGGCAUGGCCCCGUGUCCAUCCUGCAGGGGAACGGGCUGGGCGCCCGGCGCUCGUGCACAAGUCUGCGGACGUUGCGACGGCGUCGCACGCGUGCCUUGUCCGCGGUGUGCCGGGCGCCGGCCUCGUCAGCGGCAAUCAAGCCGGCGAUCGACAACAUUCACAACUCGAGGCGACAAGUGA